CUCGCCAUCGCCAGUGGCCGUGUAUUCGACCAAGCUCCACUCUCCCCCUCGCCGCUACUGUAUAUUACUGACAAGAUUUUCUGUAUUGUACCCGGCACUUGUUUGUUUGAGAAUCCAACACAGGCAUUUCUCACGGACAGGUUUGGUUGAUUGUUUGAUUGAUUCUAGAGCAAAGAUUGUGAACGGCAAGUAAUUGGCUGCGCAGCCAGGGGAAUGAAUUGUAUAUUUUCGGAGGGAGUCUUGAGGUGCUGAGGUAGCGUUUUCUAGAAGUUGCAUAGGUGAAGGGAAGCUCUUGAUGAAAAUUUGGAGCUCGAAUUGAUAACGCACAUGUGUUUUUGGAUGGGCAGAGGUUUUGUUCGGACAAUUGGAGGGAAUUCCGAGUAUGUCGAUGGCAGUAGUUUGCGCACAUUUGAAUCUGCUCGGUCCUAGUAUUGUUGCCACUGAGGCCAAAAGCUGCAGUAGAUGUGAUGAAGUGUCAUCAUCAGGGAGAUUUGAUCCUCGCCAGCGGAAGGCUUCUGGAGGUCGUAGAGGAUACACGUCUCUGAUUUGCCGAGCUACUGGUGUCGGCUCAACCCCUGAGUCGACGCCACAGCGGGCAGAUAACCAGCGGCGUCGAACGUCACAAGUUAGCAAGGGAUCGACACCUCGCACGCCUACUUCCAAGCCGGUCGAGAAACCGGAUGAAUCGAAGAUUGACGCAGAGCUAAAUGCCAUCAAUGACGACACAGAAUAUGAAAAUGACGACGUGGAGUAUGGAAAUGAUUUUGAAGAGGGGGAAGAAGAGGAAUACGACGUACAAGAUGACAGUAACGAAGGGUUAGGUGAUCGAGCUGAUGAGGCAGUCGGUGCUGUUGCGGAUGCCGCUGGAGUUCCUAGAGACGAUGCCACCGUCAACAGGGCGAAGAGAACUGGAAAACGAGUGGGUGACAAUUUGGAAGACAUUCAGGCGGAGGGUCAGGAAUCGGCUAGAGCAGUGUCGGGCUCUGCUAGCUACGCCGCUGACACUAGUGGGAAGAGACUACAGAAAGCCGGCGAACGUGUAGGAAAGAAUUUGGAAGAGGUUGGAAAGGCUGGUCAAACUGCGUUUGGAGAAAGUGGAGAUGUUGUCAAUCAGCAAGCGGGGAAAGCGGUGGACAACGUUCAGGAAGGACUUGAGGAGGCUGGAAAGACAGCUCAAGACUUGGCUAGCAUUGCACAAGAUAAUGCAGAGGACGCCGGCAAGCAGUUACGUAAGGCUGGAGAAAAUAUCACUGGUGAUCUUCAGGACGUUGGCAAAGAGGGACAGAAGGUGUUGCAGAGAGGUGGCGAGGCUGUCGCUGAUCAGAUAAAAGAUGCAUUGCCUGAUGAUUUGAGUCGACGAGGUGACAAGAUACAGAAGGAUGCAAAUCGAGCUGUACGAAAGACAGUGAAGAAAGUAGAAGAAUCAGCUGAUAGAGUACAAGACCCAAUCGAGAAGGCUGUCAAUGCGUCAAUGGAUGCUGCAGCAGCAAUUGGAAAUGAAGUUUUCAGACUUGGUGAUUCGCUUAUUGAAGCAGUUGAAGAAGCUACUGGUAUGUCAGGACCUGACCGGUCAUCUAGCAGACCUCAAAUGAGGGAGGGAGAAUCCGAGAAGAAUGAAUCAGAGGAGUUGGUUGGGGGUAAAUAUAGGUCUGCUGGUAAGAGCGUUAUAAGAAAAUAUCAGGGUGGUGUUCGGGAGGGAGGCAAUGACUCUCAAGAAGAAAGUGAAGAUCAUCAGGAAGAUGAUGCUUUCUCAGGCUACACUGUUCUUGUAGCUGGUGCUGCUGGAAGAACUGGCAGGUUGAUAGUAAAAGAUCUUGUCGCGAAAGGCGCGACUGUGCGUGCGUUGGUGCGCAACGUGUACAAAGCAAGAAACUUGAAACAGUUGCAAGGCGCACAGUUAGUUGAGGGAGAUAUUUACAACUACGAAGUAGUGAAAGAAGCGAUGGCUGGAAGCAAUGUUGUCAUCUGCGCUGUUGGAGCUCGAGGUUUAGGUUCACUUGACCUUGUGGAAGCAUACAAAACGGAAUAUGAGGGAGUGCUGAAUUUGAUUUCGGCUGCAAAGAAUCAAGGAGAUGUGAAGAAGUUCGUCUUCAUCACGACAAUUGGGGUCAACUAUCUUCAAGUUGUCCCACUCCUUUACUGGAAACGCCAAGCGGAAUUGUUUUUGCAACGUUCGGGCCUCGACUACACUAUUGUGCGCCCAGCUGGAUUGACUGGUGAAAGAGGGCAGAGCGACCGCGUCGAGUUAAGGCCUGCAGACAGCCUGUUCAUGGGCGGAAUUAGUCGUCAGAAGGUGGCCGAAGUCUGUGUAUCAGCCAUGGUAACGCCGUCUGCUUCAGACAAAAUCGUGGAGGUUGUAGGUGGCAGUGGACGAGUGAGGAGGAGCAUUGAGGAUCAGUUCGAGAGUAUUUAAAUCCACUAUGCUGGAAUUGCUAUAUUUUUGUACCCAAAGCUUUUGAUGUUUAGGUCAUUCUAAAUAGUCGUAGCAAUGAGAGUGCUGUAUAUUACCACUAGAAAUACCUCAAAGCAGAGUUAGAUAGACCAAUUACUCCGAAGUCAUAACUGUACAAAAAGUUGAUUACCUGCACCAUGGAAUAUUUAUGGUAUGCAUUUAGUAUUACACAGUAAACUACAAAUGACUUCUGUAACUACAUACUUGCGCAUCGUAAGAACCAUCGUUGUUAUUCUCAGCUG